AUGGCCCCGAAUUUGAAACCCCAAGCCUCUACUCCGGCACCACUCCGAAUCACCGCCGGAACGCCAUACAAAAUCGACGAAAACACACCUGACCUAUUCCGACCGUUGCGCAUUCGGUCAAUCACUCUCAGGAAUCGGAUAUGCGUUUCCCCGAUGUGUCUUUACUCGAUCGCAUCCUCAGGACCUCUCACGGGCGUGAUGACACCCCUGUAUAUUACAACGAUCGGACACAAUGUUUUCAAGGGUGCUGCGUUGGCCAUGAUUGAGGCUACAGGUGUUCAGCCUAAUGGCCGCAUCACACCGCACUGUCCAGGCUUAUGGAAUGAUGCUCAAGAGCAGGGCCUUAAGCCUAUUGUGGACUUCAUUCACUCCCAGGGGGGUUUUUGUGGUGUACAAUUAUCGCAUGCCGGAAGGAAGUCGAGUACACAGCCUCCAUUGGUAGCGCAGGAGCUGGGGAAGUCGAGCGCAAGAGCCUCUGAGGAAGAUAAUGGGUGGCCGGAUGAUGUGUUGGGUCCUUCUGGAGGUAGCGAGAACUCAUGGGAUGGUAAAGGUUUUGAUCCAUCCGGUGGCUACCAUGUACCUAAGGAGAUGACAGAGUUGGAGAUCAAGGAGUUGAUAUCAAACUAUGCGAGAUCUGCUCAACGGGCUGUGAAUGCUGGUGUGGAUGUCGUUGAGAUUCAUGCUGCACACGGCUAUCUCAUCAAUCAGUUUCUCAGCCCUGUCACAAACCGCCGAACCGAUAGGUAUGGUGGAAGCUUCAAGAACAGAAUCCGUCUGUUGAUCGAGGUCAUUAUCGCUGUCAGAGCAGUGGUCCCGGAAAGUAUGCCUGUCUUUGUUCGAGUGGGCGUGACCGAUUGGCUCGAAAGCACGGAGAUUGGAAAGAAACUUGGCACCUGGACGGAAGAGUCGACUACUCAACUGGCGAGGUUGUUGCCAGAUCUGGGUGUCGAUCUCAUGGAUGUCAGCUCAGGAGGAAAUCAUUGUGAGGCUGAAUUCAAUGUGUUUGAUGGGGGUGAUAAACACACUGAAAUGGCUUUAAAAGUCAAGCAGGUCCUGAAAGCCGAAGGCAGCAAGUUGUUGGUCGGAACGGUCGGCUUAAUUACUGAGGCCAAACAAGCCCGCGAUCUAGUGCAGGGUAGCCUAAUGAGAGGACCUGGAGUUGAUAUAAUCUCCGUUGGUAGGCAAUUUCUUCGAGAGCCAGACUGGGUGUUGAGGAUUGCGUCAGAGCUAGGAGUUGAUGUCGCUUGGCCGGUUCAACUGCAGCGUCUUCGGCCAGGCCCAACCUCCAGAAUAUAA